UCUUUUCCCUCUUCUCUAUUCAAAUUCUCUCUCUUCGAAGCACACACCUCUGUGAAGUUCUUUACUGUAAUUGAACUUUCUCUCUCUAGAAGUGACCGCGUCCGGUUGGAUUCCGCCAUGAGGAGGUUGUUCGGCCGAGGCUCGGCCCAAGAUUCACCACCGGCGGGGUCUUCUUCACCGUCUUCGCCACCGCCAUUUCCCCCGCUAUCUAUUAACACCACGGCUGGACCGGCGAGGCCGAUCCGGUUCGUGUAUUGCGACGAGAAAGGCAAAUUUCAGAUUGAUCCAGAGGCGCUUGCGGUGCUUCAGCUCGUUAAAGAGCCUGUUGGUGUCGUAGCUGUCUGUGGUCGUGCUAGACAAGGGAAGAGCUAUAUAUUAAACCAGCUUCUUGGGAGAAGCAGUGGAUUUCAUGUGGCCUCAACACAUCGACCAUGUACAAAAGGUCUUUGGUUGUGGAGUGCACCUGUAAGGAGAACUGCUCUUGAUGGAACAGAAUACAAUCUUUUACUGUUAGAUACUGAAGGAAUCGAUGCUUAUGAUCAAACGGGAACGUAUAGCAUGCAGAUAUUUUCCUUGGCAGUCCUCCUAUCAAGCAUGUUCAUAUAUAAUCAGAUGGGUGGUAUUGAUGAAGUUGCACUCGACCGGCUCUCGCUUGUUACUGAAAUGAGUAAACAUAUUCGUGUCAGAGCUUCUGGGGGAGGGAGUUCCAUAUCAGAACUGGGACAAUUUGCCCCAACUUUUGUCUGGCUGCUUAGGGAUUUUUACUUGCAAUUAACCGAGGAUAAUAGGAAAAUAACACCUCGCGACUACUUGGAGCUUGCUUUGAGUCCAGUUGUAGGGUCAGAGAGAGAUGUAGUUGACAAAAAUAAGAUUAGGGAGUCUAUUCGUGCUCUUUUCCCUGAGAGAGAGUGCUUCACCCUUGUGCGACCUUUGAGCAAUGAAAAUGAGCUGCAAAGGCUUGACCAGAUACCAUUGGAUAGGCUCCGGCCUGAAUUUAAAGCUGGUCUUGAUACUUUGACAAGAUUUGUUUUUGAGAGGACUAGAGCGAAGCAAAUUGGUUCAUUGGUAAUGACAGGUCCCAUUUUUGCCCGUAUAACCCAGUCCUUCCUGGAUGCUCUAAAUAAUGGUGCAGUACCCACAAUCACCACAUCAUGGCAGAGUGUUGAGGAAGCCGAAUGUCAAAGAGCUUACGAUUUAGCUGCUGAAAUUUACAUGUCUACUUUUGAUCGUUCUAAACCUCCGGAGGAAGCUGCACUUCGAGAGGCACAUGAAUAUGCAGUUCAAAAGUCAUCGUCUGCAUUUAAUGCUACAGCUGUUGGGGCUGGACCAAUCAGGCAAAAAUAUGAGAAGCGCCUUCAAAGUUUUGUUAAAAAGGCAUUUGAGGAUAUCAAACGGGAUUCAUUUAGUGAGGCUUAUCAACAAUGUUCAAAUUCCAUACAGGAGAUGGAAAAGGAUCUUAGAAAGGCUUGUCAUGCUCCUGAUGCAAAAAUAGAUAAUGUGCUUAAGGUUCUGGAUAAUCUUUUAUCAAAAUAUGAAGCAUCAUGUCAUGGCCCAGAAAAAUGGCGAAAACUUGUAAUUUUCUUACAACAAAGUUUGGAGGGCCCACUAUUUGAUCUCACCAAGAAACAAAUAGAUCAAAUUGGAGCAGAGAAGACUUCUCUUGUGUUGAAGUGCCGAUCAAUUGAGGACAAGAUGGGUUUGCUUAACAAACAGCUGGAAGCUAGUGAGAAGUACAAGUCUGAAUACUUGAGGCGAUAUGAAGAUGCCAUCAAUGACAAGAAGAAGCUUGGAGAUGACUAUAUGAGUCGUAUAACAACGUUGCAAAGUAAAUGUAGCUCUCUAGAAGAGAGAUGUUCAAGCCUGUCAAAAACAUUGGAUUCUGCCAGGCAGGAGUCUUUGGAAUGGAAAAGAAAAUCCGACCAGUUAUUGUCAAAGCAUAGAGCUGAUGAAGAUCAGAUAAACGCAGAAAUAUCAAUUCUUAAAUCAAGAACUUCUGCUGCUGAAGCAAGAGUUGCUGCUGCCAAAGAACAAGCCCAUUCUGCUCAGGAGGAAGCAGAAGAGUGGAAGAGGAAAUAUGAAAUUGCUGUCAAGGAUGUGAGAGUUGCUCUUGAGAAGGCAGCAGUUUUCCAGGAGCAGGCAAACAAGCAGACCCAAUUGAGAGAAGAGGCUUUAAGGAAAGAAUUUUCCAUUACUCUGGCUGAGAAGGAAGAUUAUAUUAAGGAUAAGACAUCAAAGCUUGAGCACACUGAGCAGCGGCUGACAACCCUUAGCUUGGAGUUGAAGGCUGCUGAAGCAAAAAUUAAGAACUACGAUCUUGAAGUAUCAUCCUUGAAGGUUGAAAUGAAGGAGUUGGGCGAGAGAUUAGAGAGUAUUAAUGCUGCUGCACAGUCAUUUGAGAGAGAGGCUCGAAUUCUAGAACAGGAAAAAGUUCAUCUGCAACAGAAAUACCAAUCUGAAUUUGAUAGAUUUGAGGAAGUCCAGGAAAGGUGCAAAUUAGCUGAAAGAGAGGCGAAGAGAUUAACUGAAUUUGCUGAUAAAGCAAGAGCUGAAGCAGCUCUGGCUCACAAAGAAAGGAGUGAGGCUCAGCGGUUGGCAAUGGAACGAUUGGCUCAAAUUGAGAGGGCUGAGAGACUCAUUGAGAAUCUGGAGAGACAAAAAGCUGACCUGACCGAUGAAGUAUCAAGGCACAGCGCAGCAGAGGUGGAUGCUCAGUCGAAAGUUGCAAUGCUUGAAGGUAGAGUUGAGGAAAGGGAAAAGGAGAUGGAGUCACUACUGAAAUCAAACAAUGAACAGAGGGCCACUACAGUUCAAGUCCUCGAGAGACUGCUGGAGACGGAGCGUGCUGCACGUUCUGAAGCAAGCAAUAGGGCGGAACUUCUGUCUGUUCAAUUACAAGCUACACAAGGAAAGUUAGAUCUCCUUCAGCAACAGAUGACUAGAGUCCGUCUAAAUGAAACAGCAUUAGAUAGUAAGCUGAGAACAGCUUCCAUUGGGAAACGUGCAAGAGUAGAUGAGUAUGAAACAGGUGUGGAAUCCGUACAUGAUCUUGGGACUAAUGACGGAGUAAGAAGGGGGAAUAAGAGGUACAAAAGCACUACUAGUCCCCUGAAGAUGGCCUCACCAGAAGACGGUGGUUCAGUUUAUAGGGGUGACGAUGACAGUCAAAGCCAACAGACAAAUUCAGGAGGGGACUACACAAGGUUCACAGUGCUAAAACUCAAACAGGAGCUCACAAAGCAUAACUUUGGUGCCCAGCUACUCCAAUUGAAGAAUCCAAACAAGAAAGACAUUCUUGCACUCUACGAGAAAUGUGUCCUCCAGAAGUCAUAAUAGGUUCUUUAGGUUUUGGUGAGAGCUGUGCAGAAAGCUUGUAUGUAGUUUACUAGUUACUUCAUCAUGAUGCAUAUACAAAUUACAAAUUUGAACAGAGGGUGGUUCUUUCUGGUAAGUAUCCUUGUUGUUCAGUGUUGGAUUGUAUUCUUUUUAGGUAUGCGAGUGGGUAGGUUAAAUAUUUGCAGGUUAAAAGUUAGAAGAAAAAGCAACGACUUUUGGGAAGGUCGUAAUGCUUGUCGGGGUUUGUUAGUUAUGUGUUCCUUUUCUGUCUCACCAAUUGUGUUUAAUUGGUUGUGACAGUAAAAGAUUUUCAUGAUUUACAGUAUGUUGUAAAUGAAGCAGUCUGAGUCUUCUUCAUCAACAUCCUCAAUUUAUUCUAUUGUUGAAAACAGAAGCUUCUGACAUUA